AUGCAUCAAGCCAAACUGGUUAUUACACACUCACUUCUUGCCCUUGGACCUCCUUUGGAAACUAAAGAACAUUCCCACAUGAAUACGAAUAAACAGCCGUGGCUACCAGGAUCAACGCCCAAACGCCGCUCCCUCGGACCGGAGGUCGCUGGGAUCCGCGGGCCUCCGGCGACCACACGGCCGGCACGCGAGGCUCGUUCUCGGACACCCCCCUGCGGUUCCCUAAUGGAACGUUCCAGGUCAAAAGACCGGUCUAUCAGCGCCCCAAUUCAGAGCGUGGGACACAAUACCAAUAGACGAGAAGAUAAUUCUGGCUCGUACACCGGUUUCCCCAAAUGCCACGAGACCCUUGAGCCCAAUUCCCCUUGCCCUCCCUUGGCAGCCACAAAAGGAAUCUAUGAUGAAGCAUUAAGCAGUUUCUUUAGGAACGUAGAUACAAGAAGUGGUGGUGAUGGACCUGACAUUUACAAAGGAAAAAUCUGCUCUUUAAAAGCACGAGCACUGUUGAUUGACAUGGAAGAGGGUGUGGUAAAUGAAAUUCUGCAGGGACCAUUGAGGGAUGUGUUUGAUAGCAAGCAGCUUAUCACAGAUGUUUCUGGUUCAGGAAACAACUGGGCUGUAGGUCAUAAGCUAUAUGGCUAUCGGUACCGGGAAAACAUUGUGGAGAAGCUGAGGAAAACUGCAGAACAUUGUGACUGUCUACAGUGUUUUUUUAUAGUUCAUUCUAUGGGAGGUGGAACAGGAUCUGGUCUUGGAACUUUUGUACUAAAUUUGCUUGAAGAUGAAUUCCCCGAGGUAUAUAGAUUUGUUACUUCAGUUUAUCCCUCUGGUGAAGAUGAUGUUAUUACUUCCCCAUAUAACAGUGUUCUGGCUAUGAAGGAGCUUAAUGAACAUGCAGACUGUGUGCUACCAAUAGAGAAUGAAUCUCUGUUUGAUAUAGUUAAUAAAAUUCAUCAGAUGAUCAAUUCUGGGAAGCUGGGGUCAACCGUGAAGCAAACCAGCUUGGUAACAUCGAGUGCAGGCAGUGCAAAAACCAGACAAGAGAAGCCGUUUGACGCAAUGAAUAAUAUCGUCGCCAACUUGAAAAACUGACAAGGUCACUUACUUAGUUUAUAACAAUUUUGUAAGCCUUGUCAAUUUUUCAGCUCUGCUAGGUUUGAAGGUUCCCUUAACAUGGAUCUUAAUGAAAUCAGCAUGAAUUUGGUUCCAUUUCCUCGACUUCAUUACUUGGUUUCAAGCUUGACUCCUUUGUAUACAUUGGCUGAUGUUAAUGUACCUUCUAGAAGGUUGGAUCAGAUGUUUUCAGAUGCUUUUAGUAGAGAUCAUCAACUAAUUCAAGCAGAUCCAAAGCAUAGCCUCUACCUUGCCUGUGCACUUCUCGUUCGAGGAAACGUGCAGGUUUCAGACCUUCGCAGAAAUAUUGAAAGGUUGAAGCCUUCCCUGCACUUUGUCUCCUGGAAUCAAGAGGGCUGGAAAACUGGUUUGUGUUCAGUACCUCCUGUGGGCCAUUCCCAUUCCCUUCUAGCUUUAGCAAACAACACCUGUGUGAAACCAACUUUUAUUGGACUGAAAGACAGAUUUAUGAAGCUCUACAAGAAAAAGGUACAACUCUGUCAUCAUUAUAACAGCCAUAGCCACUAA